GCAGAAUACGGAACAGCAGCACGCAGACCACUGGACCGACGGCUUGCACGUCCGCUCAAGUUGUUAGCCGUUACUUAGUUUAACCCACUAGUUUAUUAAGCUCCGGGCCGUUGAAGAUGAAUGCUGCUCCGUCUUCUCAGAACUGCGCCAUUGACUGCGACUGUUUUGCUUUGAAGUAAACUCUAGAAACCUACCGCACUUCCCCUCCCUCCUUUCCUCUCCUCCGACCGCUUUCAGUCUCCGCCGGUGUCGGGUGUCUCAAUGGCGGACCCGACGGAAGCAGCACCGGGGAGCGUGGAGGAGGAGAAGACGGACCGUAUCAACGACGCAGAGCUGGCACUGAAAGGGAUCAAUAUGCUCCUCAACAACGGAUUCAAGGAGAGUGAUGAGCUCUUCAGGGCAUACAGGAAUCAUAGUCCUUUGAUGAGUUUCGGGGCCAGUUUUGUGAGUUUUCUGAAUGCCAUGAUGACGUUUGAAGAGGAGAAAAUGCAGAUGGCCUUUGAGGAUCUCAAAGCUACAGAGAGACUGUGUGAGAGUGAAAACACUGGUGUCAUUGAAACCAUUAAAAACAAGAUCAAGAGGAGUGUGGACUCUCAGAGGUCGGGGAUGGCAGCAGUGGACCGACUCCAGAGGCAGAUCAUCAUUGCAGACUGCCAGGUUUACUUGGCAGUGCUGUCCUUCAUCAAACAAGAGCUGUCAUCUUACAUCAAAGGAGGCUGGAUCCUUCGUAAAGCCUGGAAGAUGUACAAUAAAUGUUACAGCGACAUCACACAGCUGCAGGAGGGCAGCAGAAGAAGAGCUUCUGAACAGCCAGCAGCACCUCCUAUGUCUCUCUCCGUCUCUGAUCAGUCCUCUCACAGCCGCUCCUCCUCACCCGGGCCAAGCCCUGCCCACAGGCUAGACGGCAUCAGCCUCGAGGCUCUGGACCGCCUCAAAGGUUCUGUCAGCUUUGGUUAUGGCCUCUUCCACCUCUGCAUCUCGAUGGUACCACCUCAUCUGCUGAAGAUCGUCAAUCUGCUGGGCUUCCCUGGCGACCGACUCCAAGGUCUCUCAGCACUCAUGUACGCCAGUGAAAGUAAGGACAUGAAGGCCCCCUUAGCUACCUUGGCCCUCCUGUGGUACCACACAGUAGUGCAGCCCUUCUUUGCUCUGGACGGCACAGACACACAGACAGGCCUGGUAGAAGCCAAAUCUAUUCUCCAGAGGAGGGAGGCUAUCUAUCCAAACUCUUCUCUCUUCAUGUUUUUCAAAGGCAGAGUACAACGCCUCGAGUGCCAGAUCAGCAGUGCCUUGACAUCCUUCCGUGAUGCCUUAGACCUGGCCUCUGACCAAAGAGAGAUACAGCACGUGUGUCUUUAUGAAAUAGGCUGGUGCAGCAUGAUUGAACUUAACUACAGAGAAGCCUACAUGGCGUUUGAACGCCUAAAGACAGAGUCUCGCUGGUCUCAGUGCUACUAUGCCUACUUAACAGGAGUGUGCCAAGGAGCCACAGGUGACCUUGAAGGAGCUGCUUUAGUGUUUAAAGAUGUUCAAAGACUCUUUAAGCGCAAGAACAAUCAGAUAGAGAUGUUCUCCUUGAAAAGGGCUGAGAAGCUUCGCUGCCCCAGUCUGUCCAAAGAGCUCUGCAUCCUGUCUGUGAUUGAGAUUCUUUAUCUGUGGAAAGCUCUGCCCAACUGCUCCCCUGCCAAGCUGGAGACAAUGGCACAAGUCCUGCAGGGGAUUGACGAUGCUUCAUGUGCAGGCCUGAAAAACCUGCUUCUUGGUGCUGUUCACAAAUGUCUCAAUAAAACCAAAGAUGCCAUUCAGUAUUUCCAUCUUGCGGCAAGGGACGAGGUGGGUCGUCUGAGCAACUCUUAUGUGCAGCCUUACUCCUGCUAUGAACUGGGCUGUGUGCUGCUCAACACCCCAGAGUCUGCAGGGAAGGGCAGGAUGCUAAUGCUCCAGGCCAAGGAAGACUAUGCCGGCUAUGACUUUGAGAACAGGCUCCAUGUCCGCAUUCAUUCAGCUCUCGCCUCAAUGAGAGCUGCAGCACAGCCUUGACAGUAAUCUUCACCACAAACAGAAAUGGAAGAACAUGUCGUUUAAAAAGCUACAAUACCAUUCUGGGCACUGAAAGAAAUAACACUGUUUAUUUGUUUUUAUUUAUUUAAUUUUUUAUAUUCUGAGCCAAUGCAUCAUGUGAACAUGUGCGCAACACGUACUAUAAGUGUUCUCUGGGAGAUUAUUUAAAAGAGAUGUCUUACUCUCUUUUAUUGUUCUGCACUGUAAAUGAAUGGUUUUAUUGUUUACAUGGUUCAGUUCAAAACUAGAUGCCAGCUCACUCAGAUGAAAAUCUUUACAUUUUAUUUUAAAAACAUAAAUUCCACAGAGAGUUUUCUAAGUAGAAUAAUGGCACAAAUCAAGUAUUAACUCCUGAAGUAACAGUAAGGGAAAAACUCAGCCUGUGACUUCAAGAAACAGAUGUUCCUACCAUUUUAGUGUUUGCUUCUCAAAGGUUUUACUUGUCCAAACCAUGAUUUUUGUUUUUUUAGCACACACUCUUUUUAAGCAGAUUUGUUUUUAUCAGUGUAAAUAUCUCUUUUAAUAUCUGUGCCAUUAUGUUGUACCACUUUUAAGUGGCCUAGAAGAACAGCACUAUAACUGUAAACUGGUUUUCCUUUAUACUGUUUGUUUUACAAUAAAUAAAUGGAUAUUGUCAAAUGAAAUGGUGUU